CUCUGAAAACACAAAGCAUCCACCGAGACUCAGUUCCCGCACCGCGUCGUUUGCGUUCGCUUCGCUGAUACUCGAGCUGGUUAUACACUGUGAACGGAAUAAUAGUUUUCAUAGAAUAUCUAUUUAUUUAUAAUGGACUGAUAAAAAUUGAUAAGGAAGCAAAGAAAGAAAGAAGAAUGAUGAUAUAGUUCUAAUACAUUUCAAUCGAUACUGUAACGACUAUGUUCCUGUGGACGCUGAUUAGCUUGAAUUUUUUAACGGUUUCAGUAUUAUGCUUAAACGCAGGAAGCGCAGAUAACAGCGGCUGGAGUUUUGCUCCCACACAAUACCACAUUCAGACAGAUGAAGGUCCCGAAAGACACUUUCGUUUCCAAACAUUAAAUGGACAAUACAGAAAGGAAAAGAGAUUAGUUGAUGGUACUGUCAUUGGCACAGAGGGCUGGCUAGAUCCCCUUGGAUACUUACGCCUUAAAGAUUACGUAGCUGAUAGUAAUGGAUUUCGUAUAUUGAGGUCUAAAAUGGUAUACGUGGGUAAAGACAGACCUAUUUACGAUGCAGUAGCGGAAACGAAACGUGCUCCUCCUCAAACUGGAAUUCUUGUGAACCCAACGCGACCACCAAAUCCUUUCAGGCAUUGGAAACCGAAUAGCGUUGCUCCGAUACUUGAGAACGAUAUAAACUCCGAUUUUUACGACAGUACAACGAUCCGACCCCGUGUAUUUUCGACGAAUUCAAAUAAUCUUUAUGACAGCACGAAUCAAGCAAGCUUUUCAUCUGGAUUACGAAACCUUAGAAACUAUUCUCAGCUUUCGAACAAUCACUACAAUCCUCUGCAACGCUCCGAUAGCGAAGACAAUGCCGGCUACAACAAUUUGAGGAAAAACUUUCAGUUGGCAACGUCCGGUUCCCGGAGCAAUGUUGCACGAUUUCCUCCGUACGAUGGAACACACAGCACUGCCAACGGAUUUCAGUAUUAUUUGAAGCGACAAUACCACGAAGAAGAACAAGAGCCUACCGGAACUAACGUUGGCUCUUUCGGUUACGUCGAUCCGUUUGGCAUCAGAAGAGUAAUUUAUUAUAAAACGGAUCCACACACCGGUGGCUUUCUCCAUCAGAAGAACAACAAAUACGUCGGCCUGAACGGAACACCUUAUGACCCAUCACCGGUCCUUUCAAUAAGAGGAAACGAGAAAUAUACGAACUAGUGUAACCUCGAUGAUUGAAUCAUCGGAAUUACGAUGAAUGUUACGAAGAAAUUGGAAGAUUUCUUCAGUUGUUAACAUUAGGUGCCAUAUUAAGCUAUUCUAUUAUUUAUAAUGUUCCGCUAGUAGUCAAACGUUUGAAAACAUAAGGAAAAUACAAAAGAAUCAUUAGUAUCGCGAAAUUUGUAUGAGGAACUUAUAAUUUAGUUUUGUAAAAUACGUUAAGGCGUAAUGAUAGAUGACUAACAGAAUCAUGACAGCCUAAUGUAUCAUUUAGAUUGUUCGUAUUUACGCGAUAUAUUUACAUUUCCAAUUAAAACAGCAAUAACAUUUCGAUAUUAAUGUACUUGGACGACGACGUUCGUUUUUACUUUUCACUAUGAUGAAGGAAUUCUUGGAGCUUGUUUCAUAUAUGUACAUGUACAUUUUUUUAAAUACUAGCCUUACAAAAUAUUUAUAACUACACAACGAACAUAGAAAAUAAAUUCAAAUAAAAACUCAUAUGUUUAAGUGAAGUUUCUAUUAAAUGUAAAUAUUAAUUCGGCGCCUUUCCGAGAGAAAUUGGUUUGGAUAUCUAACCUGUUAACUGUGGGAUUUAGUUCCAAAAAUCUUUCAUUGUGCACGCAAUAAAAUUAAACG